GAUACGAUUUGAACGCGUUUCGUGGAAUGAACUUCUAUCCCCGGAAGUGACAGCGUUUGGUGUAUGUGGUGUGUACUGAUCAAGUUGGUAUUUUUUUUUCUACUCGCAAUACUUGCAAUUACACUACUUUUUGAAUCAAUUGUGCAAAAGCGAGAGCGAAGCCAGUACGGAGAGCUCCGAUAGAAAGAAGCCAUAGUGUGGUGUAGUGGCGAUUAGCAAGAUAUGAAUGAGUGUUUGAACUUGGCAAAACAAAAAAAAAAUAAUAAAGAAGUGGUUUAAGAGCUGCAGUUAUCAGUGUCUAGUGUUGGCGCAGACGAGCAAAGAGAGCAGUGAGAGCGCAAAGUGAUCGUUAUUUUUAAUCAGUUGAAUAAACAACUUAUUUCAGAAUUUCACGAAACGAACGAUUUCAGUUGACAGUGCAAGUGUUCAGAAGUACAAUAAAGUCAUCUUGGGUAAAGUUAAUGUUAACAGCAACAACGAGAUUUCACGUUUAAUACCUCAGCAAAUCUCUUCAAAUACAGCUCGGUUGUGCAAUCAAUAUGCAAUGUUAAUGUGAAAUAGUGCAAGUGAAUGAAAUAAAAAAAAAAAGAUACCCGUUCGAUGGUCGCAACUUGGUCUUGCAGCUCUUGCCUUUAAUCAUUCUUUGAAGGUUCAACAAAUCACCACCCAAUUGGUCCGAGUCGGAGCAAAUAUAUUUCGCACAGGGGAAUUAUUUUUAGCUCACAUCAUUCCUGUUCUUCGGCACAUACAAGCUUCCUUUUCGCCUCUGGAGUGGAUCUGCAGGAGACGAGUAGAGAGGGGUGGAGUAAGAGCGAGGAUUUGUACGCAGCCGCCACCGUCGUGAGUGUUCACCAGCAACAUCAGCAACAGCAGCAGCAGCAGCAGUAGCGGCGUACGAGCUUCGCAGUCUAUCGGCAACCGAAACAAGCUAAGUCUGUUGAACGUACUCGUCGUGGAAGGAAGAAUCUCAAACUCGCGCCGGGAUACACGAAUUGAACUUGCGAUCUUACGCUUGCCUUAGCUCUAGCAGAAAACGUUGUGCGACGCACAGGAAAAUUAAUUUGACUGGAAACUGAAUAAGUGGUACCUGUUCCAUCGUGUUGAUUUGCCUAACUCUCGUUACCAGGCAAAAGAAGCAAAACGCCAGCACAGCAGCCCAACCGGUGGGUUCAGGUUUUAGAUGGGUUUUAGAUACUAGGCUUGUUCGAUGCGACCGAGUCUCGUGAAAAGCCUUUGAAGCCGUUUUGAAGCUGGACAGUGUUGUGCAGUGCCGGACCGAUCGUUGUUACCGGGAAGCUGCGGCGGCAGUGAGAAGCCAAGGAAGAAUCACCGGUUUCAGCGAGAAAUAGAAGAAGAAAUCUAAGAAGAAUAGGAGCAUUGAAAUCGUUGUGAAUGAAAACAAAUAACCCACGGAACGUCCCGCUGCGAGGACUUGUCCGAGUCGUACUAAAGCCACACUGGUGAUGGUGAUGAGAUUCGGCCGCCGGCAGUGAAGGAUACUUUUCGCUUGAUCUUAAAAUACUUGUUUAAUUUUAUGACGCGAGAGAAAAUAAACAGCCUUUAUAAAUAGUGAGUCUCCAACCAAAGUAAACAAGUUUCCGAUUUUCUGCGAAUGUGUUGAAAACCGAUAUCGCGGUGUUUGAAGUAGUGAAACCAUGUGAUUGGUGUUUGUUGUUGAUGUCGUGUUUGUUGUGGACAACCACCAGUAGGAAGUGUGAAAUUAUCGUUAUCUGAUUCGAUAGUGGAAAAGGGUUUAUUUUUCGAGCUUCAAUUAUCCACUCGAGCAACUUCAAUUGUGGUCGUUGUUACGGGGCUGAUUGGUUGCGGCUAUCACCAGUGAGGCACCGCGCCGCCUCCACCAUUUUGUCCGACGGCGGCAGUUAGAUCGGGUUUCUUACGUUCUCAUAUGACGGCCGGACUUGAAUGGUGCUGAACAAAGAGCAAACUUUUUCCACAGUGUUGUCUUGAAGCACAUGGUGUUCACCAUCGCUUGGAGUCGCGCCGAUCGGCCCCGCUCUGAGGGGCCAUGACGCGUUGGCCCGUUCUAUUGCUCUCACUGCUCUCGGUGGCGUUUGCCAGCGCCCUGAACGUCGAUGGAACGUCCCAACCGUCAGGUGCCGGCUCGGCGACUGUGCUGCAGUCGUCCCUACCGGUUUCACCGAUAUCGGCACUGUCAUCUUUCCCGAGUAACGCAGCUCAGCAGCUGUUGCAGCAACAAUUGCCACAACUGCCGCCAUUGCCGCUACCUCAGGCACAGCAUUCGUACGCUUCGGGAAUAACGUACAUUCCGAAACUUACGACCAAAUCGCACCACCAAAAGUUUAGCAACAAUCGUACCCAGCUGGUUGUCGGCUACUUGACCGCACUCAAAGGCAACAUGAAGGAUAAACAAGGUCUUACCAUUUCCGGUGCGCUGACGAUCGCUCUGGAAGAGAUUAACGCCGAUCCGGAUUUGCUGCCAAAUGUGACGCUGGCGUUGCGAUGGUACGACACUCGAGGUGAUCCGGUCAUUGCGACGCGUGCCAUCACGGAGAUGAUUUGCGACGGGGUGGCGGCUAUAUUCGGACCGGAGGGCACCUGCAAAAUAGAAGCGAUCGUGUCCCAGAGCCGGGAUAUUCCUAUGAUAUCUUAUAAAUGCUCGGAACUACAUCGGAACACACCAAUUCCUACCUUCGCUAGAACGGAGCCUCCGGAUACUCAGGUUACCAAAUCCAUCAUCUCGUUGCUGAUGUACUACGGCUGGAAAAAGUUCUCCAUCAUUCACGAGGAGAUGUGGAAAAACGUUGCAAUUUCCUUGGAAAACCAGGCCAUGCUGAACAAUCUGACCGUCAACCACGUGGAGGAGGUUAUCGACAACCACAAGUGCUGCGAAAAUAGUCUGGAUUGUUGUCGUAGUGGAUAUUGGUAUACGAUAAUACAGAACACCAUGAACCGGACGCGAAUUUACGUAUUCCUUGGAACUCCUAAUGCACUAGUGGACAUGAUGACCCAGAUGGAUGCGAUGCAGUUGUUUGCGAAAGGCGAAUAUCUGGUGAUAUUCGUGGACAUGAUGACGUACUCAUUGAAAGAAUCUAAAAAGUACCUCUGGCGAGCGGACCGGGUUUCCCAUUACAAAAACUGCAACGAAAUGGACCAGUUUCUGUUGCGGGGGCGUAGUCUGCUGGUUGUGGUGGCAUCCGAGCCACAGCCCGAAUUCGAACAGUUCACCACCAAGGUCCGGUCGUACAACCAACGAGAGCCUUUCUCGUUCAAAACGCCAACCCUGUUCCUGCCGUACACAAAGUAUGUUUCAAUCUACGCUGCCUAUCUGUACGACUCAGUGAAACUAUACGCCUGGGCAUUGGAUAAGCUACUGAAAGCCGAGCAGACACAUCGGCCAUUGAGCGACGAGGUGAUACAGGAGGUGGCCAGCAACGGGACGCGCAUCAUCGAGACCAUCAUCCAGAACCGAACCUAUAGAAGUAUCGCCGGUGCGAUGAUCAGGAUCGAUGAGUUCGGUGAUUCCGAGGGAAACUUUUCGGUUUUGGCACUCAAAAUGGACCCGUACACCGAGGGGAACUUUUCCUGUGACUAUCAGAUGAAACCGGUGGCCCAUUUCCAAAUGCGUCAGCUCCAGCAAAGCCACGAUUCCAAUCAGAAGAGAAACGAUGAAAUCCCAGAGUUUAAACUGUCUAAAGCUGGCAUCACUAUUGAUUGGGCUGGCUCGGAGCGCCCGAUGGAUGAGCCAUCCUGUGGCUUUCUGAAUGAGCACUGCAUGAAGGAUGAAUCCCACAUUACCUCGAUGGUGAUUGCAGGCGUCCUGGCGCUGAUUUUGUUUUGUGCCGGCGUCAUCACGAUGAGCAUCUACCGCAAGUGGAAGAUUGAGCUCGAAAUUGAAGGACUGCUAUGGAAGAUAGACUCGAACGAAAUUAAGGGUUACUUCAACACGGAAAUCGUGUCAUCGCCCAGUAAACUUAGCCUGGCCAGUGCCCAAUCAUUUGGGUCACGUUGCUCGAACCAGGUGUUCACGCCGACCGCCCGGUUUCGGGGUGUAGUGGUGCGCAUCAAAGAGCUGAAGUUUUCCCGCCGCAAGGAUAUUUCACGAGAAAUCAUGAAGGAGAUGCGAUUGCUGCGAGAUUUGCGGCAUGAUAACAUCAAUAGCUUCAUCGGGGCCUGUGUGGAACCGAUGCGGGUUUUACUAGUCACUGAUUACUGUGCCAAGGGUAGUCUGUACGAUAUAAUCGAGAACGAGGAUAUCAAACUAGAUGAUUUAUUUAUUGCAUCAUUAGUGCACGAUUUAAUUAAGGCAAUGAUAUACAUACAUAGUUCAGCUUUAAACUAUCACGGCAACUUGAAGUCGUCGAACUGUGUUGUCACGUCCCGCUGGAUGCUGCAAGUGACGGACUUUGGUUUGCACGAUUUGCGGCACUGUGCGGAAAAUGAGUCAAUUGGCGAACACCAACACUAUAGAAAUUUGUUUUGGAAAUCCCCGGAACUGCUGCGGCAACCGCACAUCUACGGCAAUCAGAAAGGGGACGUGUACGCAUUCGCCAUCAUUCUGUUCGAGAUUAUUGGACGGCACGGUCCGUUCGGUUACAGCGAUCUGGAACCGAUUCGGAUAGUGGAGCUGGUCCGGGCGUAUCCGGAACCGGGCCAGGAACCGUUUCGUCCCGAUAUUGAGAGCGUUAUCGAGAACGAAAUCGUACCGGACUACGUGAUCAACUGUGUUCGGGAUUGUUGGGAUGAAAUUCCGGAACAGCGACCGGAUUUUCCAACUAUUAGAAAUAGGCUAAAGCGCAUGCGAGGAGGCAAAUCAAAGAACAUCAUGGACCAAAUGAUGGAGAUGAUGGAAAAGUACGCCAACAAUCUGGAAGAGAUCGUUCAGGAUCGAACGCGGCUGUUGUGCGAAGAAAAGCGCAAGACGGAGGAUUUACUGCAUCGAAUGUUACCCCAACCGGUGGCCGAGAAGCUGACGAUGGGUUUGGGCGUAGAACCAGUGUCCUACGAUUCGGUGACAAUUUAUUUCAGUGAUAUCGUUGGUUUUACAGCGAUGUCCGCUGAAAGUACACCGCUGCAGGUGGUCAACUUCCUCAAUGAUCUGUAUACGGUUUUUGAUAGGAUCAUUAAGGGAUACGACGUGUACAAGGUGGAGACAAUUGGUGAUGCAUACAUGGUGGUAUCUGGUCUACCCAUCACUAAUGGCAACCGCCAUGUUGGAGAAAUUGCAUCGAUGGCACUGGAGCUACUGCAAGCCGUCCGGACCCAUCGGAUAUCGCAUCGCCCAAACGAAACGCUAAAACUAAGAAUCGGUAUACAUACCGGUCCAGUUGUGGCCGGUGUAGUGGGACUUACAAUGCCUCGGUACUGUCUGUUUGGGGAUACCGUCAAUACGGCCUCUCGGAUGGAAUCCAAUGGGGAGGCAUUGAAGAUUCAUAUCUCACCUCAGUGCAAGACUGCGCUAGAUCGAUUAGGAGGCUACGUCACCAUCGAGCGAGGAAUGAUCUCAAUGAAGGGAAAGGGUGAAGUGAUGACCUAUUGGUUGGAGGGUGCCAACGAGAACGCCAUUCAGAAACAACCGGUUGACGUGCGAGAUCUCCCUCCGCCUUUGUUCUGUAGGCCGAGACGAUCACCUAAAUUAACUUACGACUCCAGACAUCCCAGCAUAACCGGAUUUGCUAAUUUCGUUACUGGAAGCCGAAGACAGUCCAGUGCGCACAAAGAUCUCGAAAGCAAUUACAGUCUGCAGGGUUCGAUGUUCGGACCAUCGGCGAGGGACUCACCACGUAUGAAUCAACGGAGGUUAGAGCACAUCCCGCGGUAUAUCAAUGAUGACUCCCAAAGUACUUUAGAACAGCGAAAUGCAAUAGAUAAAACCGAAUCUAGUGAUAGUUUAGUGAAAAAAGUCAUAUUCAACAAUAGCAGUAAGAAAUUUAGGGAUAAACUUCGUUCUAUUGCAUCGACAGAUGAUUAUAGUAGGAUCUGCUCCUCUGGGUCUUUUUUGCGGGAGAGUCGAUCCUUGGAUCCAUUCCCAAGUGAUGUGCGCAAGCGUUUGGAAAGUAUUAAAAUGGACAAAAAACCUCGCAUAGUACCGAAAGGAUCCCAUUCACUGGAGGCUGGCGUUUCCACCAUCAGCUUUGAGGAUGCUGAUACCGAUAAAGCGGGCAAGAUGAUUAUCUCGACUGUGCACGAGAAUAGCGUCCCGGUAAAUGUGUACAAAUAUCUCAACAACAAUUGCAACGGUUCGAUCGGAAACAACGAAGAGUCUCACUGUCCACUGCUGAUGCGUCAGACAUCGUUGGUAACGCCGGGUCAGGAGGACAGUUUGAGUACACACAAACGGUGGUACUCGCUGGAGAACGUGGUCGCUCCCGAUGAUGACAAUUGUAGCAAGAAGUCAUUGACACGGAGCUCCAUCAAGUCCUGGCUGGUAGGUUUUAUCCAUGGGAACGGAUUCAAGACGAGCGAUUCUAGUUUGCGUAAGGUGGGAGUUCUGCCGGUCGGGGUGGCCGGUGUUACGGGUUUCGGCGAACUUCAGUCCACGCCCGAAAAGGAAAGUAUGGUUUGAUAUAUCAACGCAAGGCGGGUCGUAUGUAGAUAAUUGCGUCUGUAUGUGUGUGUGUCUAUAUAUAUUUUGUAACAUAGUAGGGAAAAUAUUUUAAUGUGUACUUGACGAGACUGCACAGCUGGUGUGGCGAGGGUGAUACUACGAGAGUAAUAGAUAACAACUAAAUUUUGAUUUACUGUUUACUUAUGUAGUUUUCGCUUGAGCAAACUGGAACUGAUCCAGGGUAGUUUCAUCAAACAAACACUUUUCACGAAACUGUGUUGAUUUCGCACUUAGCAACGGGGUUUUGAGCAAACCUGAUAUAAAUACCAGGUUCGAAACUGACUUGAUUUUCAGUUCAACAACGUUGAAACUAGGUUCGAAACUGGCUUCAAACAAACAGUUUGAUAGCAGUUAGAGUGCAAACUGGGUUAAGUUUGACAUAAAGCGAAAACGACAUUAGAAUAUCAAAACGCCCUUCUUCAUCAUUACAAUAAGCAUCAUGGUGAUAAUUUGAGUGCAAUGAACUUCAACAACCAAUACCUCUACAUAUCACAUCGGUCACCCAAGAGCAUGCACUGAAUAUUAACUCAAAUGAAAUAUGUGACUUUCAUUAAUCAUUUAAGGUUCAGCCACGAAGCUAAAUAUCCAUAACCUAUACAAUCUGUAGGUUCAAGUUUAAGGUACUAUUGCCAUUUUUGUCCAGAAAAAUCAUUUUCCAGUUCCACUUUUCAGAACAAAUUCGCUUAAAUGACAUGUUUCCCUGGUUAUUUGGAGAUUUGUGAAUUGGUUUGUCGUACUGAUAAUACGUUCAAAGUUUCAUUCAAAACGGAACAAGACGAUGCUGAUUUUGCCACCUUUCUGCUGAUAAUUUCUGAAGUUGCUCCGCUCCCUCAAACGUUUGAUAACAGUAAGAAUCAAGAAACAAAAGCUUUAUUUAGAAAUAUCAUUUUCAUUUUCCAAAGUGAUAUUGAAAUAAAAGCAGUGAAACUGUUGACACGAAUUACAUCAGCACUUUUAAAGAAAAUUCCUUUUUCACAGUGAUUGCAUAAGCUUUUUAUAUGACAAUUCACGGAACCAGAAAAUUGCCUACACAGAAAGAAAAGAUGAAACUUACACGACAUGUAAACCAAUAGUACUAUUAAACAGACCUGAGUUGAAACGAAAAUCUGAUUUAAAACCAAGAUUGAUGUAAAAUUACAUUGAAAUGCAUUUACUUUUUCAUUUAACAAGGCUGCAAAUUUACAAAUCGCUUAGUUUUGUAAUGUAACUUUCCAUUCAAUUCCUGCUCCAAAUAUGUGCAUGAAAAUAAAUGUAAAUUCACAAAAUAUUUUUAUCUGUGUAAUUUAAAGAUCAUUGCACCUAACUUGCUCCGUUCAAUAACCUAAUUAUUGGAUAGAGGGCUGUUAGUACACUCCAAAAAUAUUAAAUUUUACAGGUGACUUAAUCCGUCAUACGAUGUAAUUCACAGAGAUCUAAUUUGUCAAAUGAUGGAAAAUUUUUAUUUGUAAUGACUUAAUCUUAGAUUAGCUUGAAUUUUACUGGUUGCGACUGUAACUUGCGUUCUGCUAGCAGGUGCGACUGUAUGAAUUUUAAUGCACAUUUUACCAGGCAAGCAGAUGUAUGCUUCUGUGGCUCAGUCGAUUAACAGACGUACUUGCGAUCCAAUGAUUCUCUGUUCAAGUCGCGGCGAUAUUUUUUUUUUUUAUAUCAAUGAAUUUCAUGUCAUGGACUUUUAGACACAAUAUUCUUCCACGUAAAUUUGCGUGAACUGCGACGCUCCAUUUAUGUACAUCUAAUAAUAUGUAAACUCACAUUUUAAGGGUAUUUUUAAGUGUGUAAAAUAUAUACUGCAUUCUUAAAAAUUACGCCCGUUUCAAAAUAUACAGUUACAGUUAAUACACUUUCUUAUAGAAAUCAAUCAUUUUUAUUCACGAGCGGAUUGCCCAUCUCUACAAGGAAAGAAACCCAUUAUCGUUGUCAUGAUUGAAAAGUACGGGUGUGUACUGACACGAUUUCUUUAUACUUUCCAAUUCGAAUUGAUAGCUGAUCUAUUCUGUGAAUUGUGAAACUUUUGACGUCGAAUAUCUCAUUUCGGAUUUGCAUAUUUCAUUGAAAGAAUCUAUCAAGAUACAAGAUUCAUUUCUACCUUUUAGAAGCACCAAAUUGUGGAAUUCUCUACGAUAUUUAGCACAGUUCGAAACAUUUAUCUCGAACGAAGAAAAGAAGUAAUCUUAAUAGUUCUUUAGAGAACAUUUAGAGCCAUUAGAACGGCUGAUUUUAUAUAAUGUUGUCCACUUUUCUUUUUUCGUUUUCUUUCUCUCCAAUGCAAAAGACCAGAAGUUCUGUUGCAUGAUGCAAUCGCUCUCAUUUGAGUUGGAACUAGCUUUGCGUACAAACCGCAACACAUCUGCUCGCAGUGCCAAAUUAUGCGAAACUGUUUUAAUGCGUCUUCUCACCUUGACGACCGAAAGCAAAUGAGAACUACGAGUUACGACCUGAGCGUUUGAGGUUUUUAACAACGCACAAGGUGCACUCUCCGAUGCCGCUGGUUGAAUGCGUCUUCUCGCACCGACGUCUGCUUCCAUCUAACGCACAAGAAGAAAUGAUCGAUUUUCGACCACUGUUCCCCUUUUAUAACGUUCAGUUGAAAAUAUGUGCCUGACUACCUCAAAAUCGUCGUCCUUGCGCGAAAACCCCAAGCGAAAGUGAAGAGUUUUCCGCGUUGUUUUUGAAAUUUUAAGAAAACUUAAUUUUUGAGUUGUUUGUGGUUAUCUCACACUGUUCAAAAUAUUAUCCUAAAUUCCUGAUCAUAUUUUUGAUGAAAUAGUGAAAGAAUUAUGUUGUUGCCAUUAAUACAAGUCGAAAUAUUCACGAUUAAGUUCUGCCCAUUCUUCAAUAUGGCUAAUUUGGAAAAGGCGCCCCCCGCUUUGGUUCAGCAGAAUUUGUUUGUCAAUUUGUGUGAACUAAGUACACUAAAAUUAAUUAUCACGAUACAACAUAUUAAAAUCGAAAUACUGGAAAAACUCAUUUUUACGAUGGAAGAAGACGAUACACUAUUUCUCGUUGCAUAAACAUGAAUAGUUUUUCGAGCACCAUUCAACGUACUCGGGGAGCACUCGCCCCGGACGCAACGUUUUUAGGGGGGCGACAAACUAACCUUUAGGACCUUUUUUUUGCUCAACCCAGUCAUCUUUCCGGAGAUGAAGUUUUUUUGCUCACUAAACAUGAAGUUUUUUUGCUCACUAAACAAAUCUCUUAUUUUGCCCCGGGCGCCAAAUUUCCUCGGUACGCCACUGCAUAAGAGAGUGUACAUUCCGGUGGUAACAGUAGAAAAAGAUCGUUCAUGAAAAUCGAAAACCCGCCUUUUUAUCGUACACUCUUAGCAAAAAAUGAAAUAUACGCUUGACGUAAAUUCAUACAUGGCGCAGUGAACUGCAGUGAAAGUACAUUGAUAAAAAUUUGCACGAUCGAUUCAUAUGUAAACACAACUUCAAUUUAAUAUGCUUUUUCAUAUCAAUACAUAACCGAAGCGAUUUGUUUCAAGAUUUCAUGUGCAAAUUCACUAAGAUGCGAGAUUGGAUUAUUUUUCACUUAGUUUCAUGUGUUUUUUUUUUCCUUUGGAUGCGAUGUGCUUUGCUAUCGAAUCGAACUACAUGUGUUAAACACUUUAUUGUCUAGUGGGAAUGAGUACAGCACAAAUGGAUGUGCAAAACACUUGAAUCGGUCAAUUCUGUUUCAAAUGCAACAUACGUGGAAAACAAUGUGACAUUCACAUGAAAUGCAUAUAGAAUCUAGAGGUAACGAUAUAUCUUAUCGUAUUUAAAUGCAUUUCAUAUAAACGCAGCAUGAUUUCCACUAAAUAUCAACAGGUUUUACACUCAUUUUAUGGAUUAAGUGUAUGUUAUCAUGAAUUUCAUAUGUUCUACAAGUAGUGACAGUUCAAAUGCUUUGCACAUGAUGCUAGCAUGCAAAUUAUUUUCAGUGUAAGUGAAUUGAGACGCUCCUUUUAUGUGUAUCUAUUAAGGUGUAAAUUUUUCUAAGUGUGUAGCAUCAUUUACCAUCGUGCUGGAAUUAGCAUUGUUUUUUCACAAUUAACAAAUUUAAGUUCAACUCACAACAACAACAACAAACCGGUUUUCAGGUUAAGAUCUUCAGCCUCUACACGGAUAAAAGUCCAUUACCGGUAGCAUGAUUAAAAAUCAUGAAAUCAUGAAACAUGUCUUCUCAUGAAAUUUCAUGAGUAGAAUUAUCGAUAUCAUGAAAAUUUUCAUGGGAGAUGAGUUAUUGUUCAUGAUACCAAUCAUUUAGUUUAUGAUAUCAUGAAUAAUAAGGCAUGAUUGCCAUGUUUCAUGAUUUCAUGACUUUUUAUUAUGGUACCGGAAGUAGAUUUUUGUCCGUGUAAGGCACGACGGUAUCCGCUUACUCCAGGCAAUGCAUUCAGUAAGCUAUUUCUGAUAAAACAGAAUUUCGCAAUCAGUACUUCUGAAAAUUUCGAACUGAACAAUUUGAAUAUCGAAUACUUGUACUGUUCAAUUCCAGUUUCACAUUAGUCGGAGUAAUAGGUUUUAAUUUAUCCACAAAAAUCAUUCAAAUAAACCAACAAUUAUGCAGUUAUGCAGUUAGUUGAAAAUCAAAAACGUAAAACGCAACCAUGCGUCAAAAAUCUCCAACAGAACGUAGUAUCCACCACACCAGCGAAUCAUCAGCUUCGUCGAUUCAACUAUGUGUCAACCUAAAUCUCGGUGUUGUAGUCUAGGAACAGAUGGUUUUACUUUGCAGAGUGAAACUGAACGCAAAUACAUACAAGUACUUUUUAAAUUUGCCUCCGUCUUUUCACUCUCUACGAACUCAAAUAUUUACCACCUGUUCUAAAACAGAACUGCAGCCUAUAUUUACGUUCCAACAUUCUAGUAAUAUUCUCAUUCGUGCCAACUACGAAUAAUCUCGCCCUGGGCGACAGAAAAAAAACAGUUCUACUAGCUCUAAACCUCACAACAUGCAAACAGUAGAAUCUUGUGGAAAACAAGUGCCAUGUUAAAACAUAACUGAAUCAGCAAUCAAACAAAGAGUCAACAACGCAUCCGGUGCAAAAUGCGCCCGUUCGGUGAUUGCAAAGGGUUUCCUCCUGCCGUAGGCUGAUAUGUGUAAUCAAGGCGAACAAACAAACAAAAAAAAAACAGUAAACUGUUAUCAGGACUUGCUACUCGUUUACAUCAAGUUUUAAGUAGUUUUAAUCAAUUAUAGGCUGUGAAGUAGGAUGUACAUAAAGCUAAUGUUAGGUCUUAUUGUACCAUUGACUACAAGAUUUGGCUUAAAAAUUUCACUUUAUUUUUCGGUUCCCGUCUUUUCUAAUACAGCAGAAUCGGAUCCAGUUCACGAAUUGAACGCGGCACCUUGAAUAAAUCGGUCUUCGGUGGUAAUAAACUAACUUGCACUAAAACUCCGUUGAUCAGCUAAAUUAAAUGCCGUAGGAUUCUAAAAGUUUUAUCCGAAGCUAACUAAUUGCAUCAUUUGCAAACAAGUUUUUUACGUUCAAAAUUUCCGUUGCCAUCCGAUGAACUGAAUGGCGAAGAAGAAGUUUAAAUUCAACAAGAUUUCAAAUCUCAGGUGUGAGUUCUAUCAAAUCAGCUAGUGCUGCUUUUUAGUAAAGGGGAAAAAAUACAGUAAUCUAUUAGGAAAACUGCUUAUUUUACGAAAAAAAAGUUAUUGUACAGCAAAACAAAAAAAGUGUGUGUUUUUAAUCUCUGUGGACGUUCCCAUGAAAGGCCAUUAGGAAGAUAAUUGUAGAAAGCCUACAUAAAAUGGGUGUUGUUUAAAUGUACGUGCGUGUACUUCAAUUAUUGAGAUGCUGUGAUCACAAAUGAACAUAGAGUUAGUGGCAGUGCAAAGAACAGCUAUAAAGGCCGGUAUAAAUUUUAGCUUCCGAUUAUAGCACAAUUCAUAGUUACCAUCGUUACAGAGGGAGAAACCAACAGAGUUUGAGACAUGUUUUGCGUUUGGAGUAGCAUUCAUUCUGGUCACGAAUAACAAAAUAUACAAAGAAAUAGAAUCCAUAAUUUUACCGGCUUUAGAUGACGCAGGCACAGGAAAUUGAACAGUUCAUCUGAUCAAUGAUGAAUGAUCUUAUACCGAACAAGCAUAUCAGUGCUGACAUGAUUUGUCCUUUUUGACGAUAAGAAUUUGUGAUCAAAAGAAGAGCUAUCUCUCAAAUACAUUGGAUUUCCGGAGAUGUGUUAAUAAUCUGAAUCUUAUACAAACAUUUUCGAUUUGAAGCUAGCUGAUUAUCAAAUGUGUACAUUGAACUAAGUAGAAAAUGCAUUGUAAGAAAUGUAUAUUUAUUACCUGAAACAAAAUAAAAAAAAAUAAG